AUGAAGAACUUUGCCGCUCUCAUUCUGGCCAUUGCUGCCGCUACCGUCUCCGUUAGCGCCGCGCCUGUCCCGGACUCGGAAGAGCAUGACCAUGCACUGGCAGGGCGCUCUGCCGACUUCAAUUUGGAUCAUGAUGUCAUUAUCGAAAUCCUGUCCGCCUAUAGUGACAAGGAAAUCGAUGAGAAGAGCUCUUCCUCCAACUCAAAGUCCUACCGUAUCAAGGUCCCUCACCGUGGCAGUCGCUAUGACACUGAGAAGAGUGACAACUUUGCUGCGGAUGGGAUCAUCGAGAUCAUCUUCGCGUACGCAGACGAAGACUCUGGCGAAGAAGACUGGAAUGCUCCAAAGCAUGGCAAGCACUGGUGGAAGAAGAACUAG